GAUGGUGUCCCCUGCUAUUGCGCUGGCCUUCAUUCCCCUCCUGCUGACAGUGAUCAUCAGGUGCCGCUUCUACUUUGUGCUGUUCUAUCGAGCAGUCAUGGUCAGAAUCUGGAGGGACUGUGUUACCGGCCUGAGUCGAGAGGAGCGUGCCUACCAGUAUGUUCUCACUCACGCCACUCCCGGAGACCCCGACAGCAUCCUGGAAGCCUUCGAUGUCUGGUGCAGCAAGGUGGAGUUCAUCAGCAACAUUGGGCCUAAAAAGGGGAAGGUCCUAGACAGGAUGCUGAUGGAGCAGAGCCCUCUGACAGUGCUGGAGCUGGGCUCCCACUGCGGGUACAGCACAGUGCGCAUCGCCCGCUCUCUGCCCUUGGGUGCCAGGCUCUACAGCGUCGAGAUGGACCAGAGAAAUGCUGCUAUCGCUGAGAAAAUCAUCCGCCUGGCAGGGUUUGACGAUGACACGGUGGAGCUCAUUGUGAAUCCAUCUGAUGAGGUGAUCCCUCGGCUGCGGUCUGAGUAUGGUUUGGAAAGGCUGGAUUUUGUCUUCAUGGACCACUGGAAGAAAUGUUACCUCCCUGACCUGCAGAUGCUGGAGGGCUCUGGUCUGCUGGGAAAAGGGUCUAUGAUCGUGGCAGACAACGUGCUGUUCCCCGGGGCUCCAAAGUUCCUCAGAUACAUUCGCAAGAGCGGCCUGUAUGAGUGGAAAGUCCACCGGGCCACACUAGAGUACAGCAAAGGCAUCAGGGAUGGGAUGGCUGAGCUGGUGUACCAGGGGAUCAAGUAGAUCAUGCAGACUGGGACAUCACACACUAUUUGUCAGAUAUACAUUUUUAGCAGAAAGGGCUGACAUAAUUGUAAAAACAAUUC